AUGAGACUUUCUGCUGUCCUCACAUCUCUGUCAGCGAGUAUGUUGUUCGCUGCCGCACACCAGACUUCCCUCGCGCCUUUCAAGUUUGAUCAUUUUCCCCUCGGGUCUAUUCGUCCAGGGGGUUGGCUACGAGACCAGAUCCAGCUGUCGGCGGACGGCCUUGGCGGCCACCUAUUCGAUUUCUACCGUUAUGUUGCCCGCUCUACCUGGCUCGGGGGUAAUUAUGAGUACAGUGAGCUUCACGAGUCAGCGCCCUACUGGUUCAACUACAUCGUGCCCCUCGCCUGGACGCUUGACGAUCCGCGACUGAAGAAACAAGCACGGCAGUUUCUCGACUAUGUACUUGACAAUCAGGCCGAUGACGGCUGGCUUGGACCUGAGACAACAAGACAGACAAGGGGUAUAUGGGCGAGAAGCCUGCUAGCAUUUGGAUUAACUCAAUACGCCGAAGCUGACCAAAGCCAAGAACAGCGUAUUGUUGAUGCCAUGCACCACUUUACGAAACUAGUCCACUCUAUGCUCAAAGACAAUUUCACUGGUUUAGUGCAGGACAAAUCUCAGGAAGACAACUUUGACCCUUUCGGUUUUGGCCUGUCGCGAGCCCACGAGCUACCCAUCUCCCUGAUGUGGCUGGACUGGACUAAGUUCUUCGUCAAAGGCGUCUUCCCAGAAGAUGCCAACUUCAAAACUAGCGGCUUCACCCAUGGUGUCAAUUUGGCACAGGGUCUGCGGUAUCCAACGGUGCUUUAUAGACGCAGCAGUAGCGAAGCCCUUGUUCAACAGACCUUUGACGCUGUCAACAUGACCGCCACGUAUCAUACAUCACUAUCCGGGUCAAUAAUCGGAGACGAGCAUAUCAGUAAUUUGAGCCCACAACGAGGCUCUGAGCUUUGCAUGGCUGUUGAAUCCAUGUUUUCGUAUGCCUAUCUCUACCGCUUCCACGGCGCCAACCAAUUUGCCGACCGUGCCGAGCUGGCCGCUUUCAACGCCUUCCCAGCAGCAAUGAGUCCUGACUGGUGGUCGCAUCAAUACGUCACGCAGACGAAUGAGCCUUGGCCGCGGAACCUGACUGGAAAUCCAUUCUUCAAUGUCGUCUCAUACGGCAACACUUACGGGUUGGAGCCGAAUUUUCCUUGUUGUACUGUCAACCACCCUCAAGGAUACCCUAAAUACGUUGCGUCUUCUUACGUUUACACUGAGCACGAUAAAAUUGCGCAUGUCCUGCUGGGCCCCACGUCGCUAGAAACCAAGCUCCAAGGCAAGAGAGUGAAAUUCGAAUGUGAUACCCAUUAUCCAUUCUCAUCCAUACUGCAGUACACUAUAACUACAGAGACAUCUUUCGAGUUUGGUGUCCGCGUUCCUAACUGGACGACGCAUGGGGCCACUGCACAAGUUGGAGGGCAGAAACCUCGCCACCUAUCCCCUGAUUCUAACGGCGUACACUGCACCAAAGUGUUGCCUGGAGUAACAAAGGUCAAAGUCGAGCUUCCCAUGGAUGUACAUAUUGUCUCUCGCAACCAAACUGUUGGUGUUUACUACGGUCCUAUGCUUUAUGCUGCCGAUAUUGCAUACAAGGAAUCAGCCCAUCAGCCUUUGAAUUGGACGGACCGCUCGCCACUCGACGACUCUGAGACGCAUCCGAAGGCAAUGGACCACGUACUGGAGCCGAUAUCGCCGUGGAAGUUCGCCAUUGACCCCGAGACUAUCUCAGUCGAUACCGGCCCCGCGCAAGACAGAAUUCUGCCAAAUCCCAUCUUCAGUCGCCGUGGGCCGCCAAUAUCACUAUCUGUGGACGCGUAUCCAAUCGAUUGGCCGAUACAGCUUGACACAGCCGCUUUGUGCCCUAUUAAUCCUGAGGUAAACCCAGAGACAAAGACAAGAAUCAAGUUGAUCCCAUAUGGGGCUGCGAAGCUACAUAUAGCACAGUUUCCUGUUGCUAGACUUCCAAAGAAGACUUGA